UGGCUCUCUCUCUCUUCCCUUUCACGGGGCUCAACUUGCAAUCAAGGAGGAGUCGAGAGUCCUCCGGGGUUUCUCCUGGAACCUGCUCCUCAAAUAUAAAGCGUUCCCUCCAACCACCGGUAAAGACUGAAUCAUAACCGACAAGGAGGGGCCGCUGCAUGUGCGCAACUGUGCUUUCUCCAAAAAUCUAUUGACACUCUUCUCCAACUGCAGUGAAGGAAGCACCGCAGGAUCUUCUGUUUGUCUUUCUAUUUAGUCAGUUUUAUUUUUCUAAUUUUGUCAUCUUUUAAUCAAGCUUCUCACAGAGAAAAAAAAAUCUACAACUUGUUCAACAAUCAGACGAGCUUCCUAAGUUUGGAGAGAGCGCGCUUGCAGAUGGCUGCGCUAAUUAGCGCGUACUCGUCCUGGCCAGAGUCCUUCGAGUGUCCUCCAGGUGACGGGGACGUGCCCGACGGACAUGGCCCGCACAGGACUCCCGGGGACAAGGCGCAGGAGCCGCGGAUCAGACGGCCCAUGAACGCGUUCAUGGUCUGGGCCAAAGAUGAGCGCAAACGGCUCGCAGUUCAAAACCCGGACCUGCACAAUGCCGAGCUCAGCAAAAUGUUAGGCAAGUCAUGGAAGGCCCUAACUCCCCCUCAGAAGAGGCCCUAUGUGGAGGAGGCAGAGAGGCUUCGGGUGCAGCACAUGCAGGACUACCCCAACUAUAAGUACCGGCCUCGCAGGAAGAAGCAGCUGAAACGCAUCUGCAAGAGAGUGGACCCUGGCUUCCUCCUGAGUGGGCUGGCUCCUGAUCACAGCACCCUACCCGAGCAGCGAGCCCUUUGUCACCCCCUUGACAAAGACGAGGGCAGCCCUAAUGGCGUCAGCAGUGGGUUUGCCGGCUCCAGUCCUGUGCUGCCCAGCGUCAGGACCUUCAGAGACCCUACUGCCUCCAACAGCAGCUUUGACACCUACCCCUACGGUCUGCCUACCCCUCCUGAGAUGUCUCCCCUAGAUGCAAUGGACCACGAGCAUGUACCCCCUUCUUACUACUCGACAUCUGGUAGCUCCUCCGUCUCCUGUUCUUCCACAACCUCCUGUCCAGAUGAGCACCACCAGAAUCACACACACAUGGGCAGCCCGCCUCCUUACCACACUGACUACACUCAAAGUCAAAUCCACUGCGGGGGAACUCACUUAGGUCACAUCCCUCACAUGCCCCAAACUGGUGGGGGCAGUGGACUGAUCCCAGGCCCUCCUCUGUCUUACUACAGUUCCUCAUCUUUCCCGCAGAUUCACCGUGGGCUCCACCAGGGCCACCUGGGUCAGUUGUCCCCCCCACCAGAGACUCAAGGUCACCUGGAGACAUUAGACCAGCUGAGCCAGGCUGAGCUUCUGGGUGAGGUGGACCGCAAUGAAUUUGACCAGUACCUGAACUCCACUGGUAGCGGUUUCCACCCCGAACAGGGUGGCAGCAUGACCGUAACAGGACACAUUCAGGUGGCCUCCGCUGCCACUGCUUCUGCCACAUCUUGUCCCAGCAGCACCACAGAAACCAGUCUCAUCUCUGUGCUCGCUGAUGCAACGGCAGCCUACUACAACAAUUAUGGCAUCUCGUAAGCACCUAUUGACAUGUGACUGAUCAGAAACACUGCAAGAGUUCAGAGAUCCGUUAAGACAUUUCGGAUGAUGUUGCGCAUGGUUGUUGACAAAGGCAAGAUUUCUGUGCGUCUGUUGGUAAUUUCAAAACCCUCAUUAACAUCCACAAGCAACUUGAUCCAACCACAAAAAAAGCUGAACUAAUAACUGAGCAAUAUGAUUGUCUGGAGCCGGGAAAAGAACAAAAAGCAAUGUUGGGGAACAUGAGAAAACGGAGAUGGACAUCUCAGGGAAGCAGACACAAAAUACAAUAGUAUGCCACCUCCAGUUGUCAUGAAAUUUCCAAACCAGUUGAGAAAUCGUAUAAAAAGGCUUGUUUUUCCACUUGUAAAUCUCACCAGUUACUGUUGCCAGUGAGGCAUGUACAGAUGCUCUUUAGAAGCUAAUUUAAGUCCUUUGGUGUUUUGCAUAAAUGUAAUGCUGUUAUCAAUGCUUUCCAUUCAAACGUUUGUAUCAUAUGUGUUUUGCUCUCCUUAGUUUGGGAGUCUUACCUCUGUAGAUGUAAUUGAAUGAGGUUUUAGUUGGACAUUUCUUAUGCAAUUUAAGAAAAUGGUGUAUGAUGAAGACAAAAAAGGCAUUUAUACUUCUCAAAUAUAUAUAAUCAACCUUUACAAUGGAAAAAAAGUUAAUAAUGAGAACUGUAACUGUAUGCUGAUUUAGGUUUAUCAAAUACACUAAUUUAAAAUAAAGGUAAAUUUUUAUAUGAAUGCAAUUACCACUUGGAUCAUACACCCACAAACAACCUACCACAAAAUGAAUGAACAUUUUUAAUCUCAUUGUUAUUUGUUGGAAAUAACUGAUACAUUUUAGAGAGUUGCAGCCACUUAGAGCAACUAGAUGGCUAAAUAAAAAAUGACAAUAAAACCAUAUAGGAGUCCUGCUAGUUUUGAAUGAUUUCCAUGCAUAUAUUUGGGAAAUAAAGGAGUGUAAUACUUAAUU